AUGUGGAAGAAAAAAAUGCUAAUGAAGUGUGCUUUGACCAAUCACAUAAAUGACCAGCUAACGCUUGGCAAAGAAACAACAGUUCCUUUAAGAGAUGCUAUAGAAGGCAAAGACACAGCUAUUCCACAAAUUCCUGCCCAUAACUAUUUGUGCGAAAUCUGCAAAAAACCAUUUACAAACUGCAAUAGUUUUGCUGACCAUUUGGAGACCCACACAGGCGAGGCAAUUGGUGAUUGUAGCAUAUGUAAUGAAUCAUUUGAUGAUAAACAGGAAUUUUGCAAGCAUUUAAUAGCUCAUUUUAAAGAAACGAGACAAUCAUGUAAAACUUGCUACAAAACUUCUAUUACCUGGCUUGAAUUGAAAUGUCACUUGGAUUGGCAUGACAAAGCAUUUCAGUGUCACCUGUGUGAUGAAACGCUUGUAAAUAAACAACAUUUAGACCAGCACUUGCUGUUUCACACUGUUGAAGAAUAUUAUACUUGCAAAAUCUGCAAAAAGCUGGGUAGUCAAAAUUUAUGUGAGCAAAUAGCUGUGAAACCAAAGCAAACUUAUAAGUGCAACACGUGUGGUAAGGGUUUUGAUUAUAAAAGAAGCUUAUCGUGUCAUCAACGUGUGCAUCGGAAAAAUAGAUCCUUUACCAACAAUUUGAGUCCCAAAGACUUUGUUCUAAAGACUAGUCAAUCGAAGAGUUCACAUCAAGAAGUUUCAAUUAAAACUGACUUGUUUAAUCGAUUGAUUGAUUCUCAUGCCAGAGGUGAAAAUGCAAUCAAUUCGGUGGAUUCUGACAAUGGCGAUUUAAUUGAAGUUGAUAUGAUGGAUUCUAAUCCUGGAGAUUCAAUUAAAAUAAAUUUAGUGAAUUCUAACUCCAGUGAUUCAUUCGAUAUUGAUUUGACGGACUUCUUAUACGAAGAUUCAAAUGACACUAUCUUGACUGACUAA